AUGGCAGCGAUGUUGGCUUUACAAAAUUACGAUAGUGAUUCAAACGAGUCCACGGCAUCAAAUGAUAACAAAACCCCUAAAAAUGAAGAUGAGAUUUGUCAUCUGAAACCGAUAGAUAAAACCAAAGCACCUAUAACAACUAUGUCUCUGAAUUCAGCCCCUGUUGUUGCCUCUAAAGAUGAUGUUCAUCUGUCAAGAACUUUAGACCCAACCACAAAAGAGAUUAAGUUUAACCCCAAAUAUGACGAACUAUAUGCACCUCAGGUUGGUCCAGUCAACCCAUAUAAAACUCAACAAGCAAAUGCGGUUAAAAACACAUUGUCAGGUUAUGUUGAACCAGCUCAUAUUAAUAAUUUUCAUUUUGAUAACCAGAGAAAGACUUUUGCCAGUUAUGGUUAUGCUAUUGACCCCAGUGUAGACAUUACACAGGUUGAAGAGAAAAUUAUUGGUGAUACAAUCACAGCUGAAGAAAAGAAAGGUGCAACAGUAUUUGAAAACCUAAUCAAAAUAAAGUCAUCAGAGAAGCGUAAGAGAGAGAAGAAUAAAGAUGCUGGAGAUAUUGAAGGCUAUUUAGGACCCUGGGGAAAAUAUGUUGAUGAACAAACAGUGAUGAAACCCAGUGAGGAAGAACAGAAAGAUUUAGAUGAAAUAUUAGCCAAGAGAAGUAAAAUGAAUAAGAAACAAGAAGAAAAAGUUGGAGAGGAGAAGACAGUUUUACACAUCAAAGAUGCUUAUGAUUAUCAAGGUCGAUCCUUCUUACAUGCACCACAAGAUGUUGGUGUUAAUUUACGCUCAGACGAUCCACCAGAAAAAUGUUUUCUUCCCAAAAAACAGAUCCAUACUUGGACUGGUCAUACAAAAGGUGUUGCUGCUAUCAGAUGGUUUCCAAAAACAGCUCAUCUCUUAUUGUCUUGUAGUAUGGACUCUAAGAUUAAGAUAUGGGAAGUAUACAAUGAUAGAAGAUGUGUGAGAACAUAUAAUGGACAUAAACAAGCUGUAAGAGAUAUAAGUUUUAAUAAUGAUGGUAAAGAAUUUCUAAGUUGUGCCUACGAUAGAUAUUGUAAGUUAUGGGACACAGAGACAGGUGAAUGUAAAGCUAGGUUUACUAGUAGAAAGGUACCAUAUUGUAUUAAAUUCCAUCCUGAUGAAGAUAAACAACAUUUAUUUGUAGCUGGUACUUCAGAUAAAAAGAUAGUUUGUUGGGAUAUCAGGGCUAAUGAAAUAGUACAAGAAUAUGAUAGACAUUUAGGAGCUGUUAAUACUAUAACAUUUGUUGAUCAGAAUAGAAGAUUUGUCUCAACCUCAGAUGACAAAAGCUUAAGAGUUUGGGAAUGGGAUAUUCCAGUAGAUUUUAAAUAUAUAUCUGAUCCAUCGAUGCAUUCUAUGCCUGCUACAACUUUAUCACAUAAUGGUAAAUGGCUAGCAUGUCAGUCUAUGGACAAUAAGAUCUGUGUAUUUAAUGUAUUAAAUAGAUUUAAAUAUAUGAGAAAGAAAACAUUUACUGGUCAUAUGGUUGCUGGUUUUGCUUGUGGUAUGGAUUUUUCACCUGAUAUGAGUUAUUUAAUAUCGGGAGAUGCAGAUGGUAAAUUAUAUAUCUGGGACUGGAAAUCUACCAAAUUAUACAGUAAAUUCAAAGCACAUGAUGAUGUUUGUAUAUCAUGUUUAUGGCAUCCACAUGAAACAUCUAAAGUUGCCACAUGUGGUUGGGAUGGUGUUAUCAAAUAUUGGGAUUAAGACUGAAUCUUAGUUAUAAUACUUACACUCUGGAGUUUGUUUCAUAAUAUUUUGAAGGCGCAAAAAACCCAAGAGACCCAACACCAACUCAAUAUAGAGUUACUGAUUUUUACGACUGAUGUUUGCCAAUUAUUAUCAUGACUAUGUGAAUAAACUGGGCUAUUUUAAACUAAGGGUCUAGGAUCAAGCUGGAGAAAGAAAGAAACUGUGAAUUAUUUACCAAGGUCAGAAAUUGAAGUCACAAGUUCAUCUCAGCUGAUAGAAACUAAAUUAAAAAAGCAAGAACAUACAUGUUAUUGUAUAUUGCAUGGCAAUAUAUAUCUGUGUUUGACUAUAAAAAAUAUGGUAGUUCUUUCAAUCAAUAGUCAUAUAUAUAUAUUAAUAGUCAUGUAACAUAAUUAACAAUAAUAUAUAUAUAUCAUGUCAAUCAAUAAUCACAUUACUGUAUAUACACUAAUAUCAUUCCUCACAUUGCCUUCAGUCAAAUCAAAUACAUGAUGAGAUUCAUUUAUAAAUAAGCCUAAAAGCUUCCAAUUGUUGAGGUAACUAGCCUUUAUCGCUUUGGGUGUUUUCAUGCUCUUUUAUUACACAGAAGGCCUCCUAAUGGGGCAAAAGAUGAGCAUUUACUGUAUGAAUUUGAUUGAGAAAACCAGAUCAUAUUUGAACGUUUCACAUUGAAAAUUUAUGCAAUGUUUUUAUUGUUUUUGUGAAUAUAUUUGUAUAUUAUGUAAAUAAACCUUCAUACAUUGUUC